UCCUACGAAACAGUACCGCGAACCCGUCACAUUAUAAGUUGAAACGGCUAUUUUCCCGGCCCGAUGUGUAGGAAAGGUGCCCGUGCUUCGUGGACGUCCAUGAAGGGCGAGCAGGAGCAGCUGCAGUCCGAGGUGACCGUCGACUUCUACAAGAAGCUCGUUGCAGUCGGUGAUGGUGGCUGCGGAAAGACGUCCCUCCUCAGCGCGUACAUCACGGGUGUGUUCCCGGAGAACCUUCGUGCCACCGUGUUCGACACCGUGAUCACCGAGGUCACCGUCGGCAAGAAGAAGGUUCGUCUGAGCCUGUGCGACACGGCCGGUCAGGAGACGUACGACACCCUGCGCACGCGCAGUUACGCCGACACCGACGUGGUCAUCAUCCUGUUCUCCGUGGACGCCCCCGAGAGCCUGGACAACGUCGAGGUCCGGUGGCGCCCUGAGGUGAAGCACUUCAGCCCCGACGUGCCCAUCCUGCUCGUAGGAAACAAGAAGGAUCUCAGGGACGACCCGGAAACCAUCGAGGUCCUUCGUGAGAGGAGGCAGAGCCCCGUUUCGUACCAGGAAGGGCUGGCCGUCGCCAAGAAGAUCAAGGCCAAGGCUUACAUCGAGUGCUCCGCCAAGGACGGCACCGGAGUCUCUGAGGUUAUCCAGAAGGCGUGCCGACUAGCUAUCGGGCGGAAAAAGCCCAACCUUUUCCUCAGAAUCUUCUGCAAAUCCUGUACCUAGCUGAGAGAGGAAUCAGCGCAUAGGAUCCAAUUCUGGCAUCCCGUAAUACAGCUCUCGUAUCCUGGGCCACUCUAGCGUUCAUAUGUUCUACACAUGCACAGACUACGCAAUCAACCGUUUCAACUUCGUGCCGGCGGCAAAACAGAGGACGCUUGCGACUUUUACGCAGCCCAGGAGAUGGACGAACAGUUGAAGAAUAAUCGCACGCAAGAUCAACAUGGCUAGCUGUGCGAGUUGUUUGACUAUCGUAACGUAUGAAUGCGCUAAGCAGACUUGAACAGUGAGUGUCUAUAUCCACGCCGUAGCGACGGCUUUUUCUAGAAAACAAGGGGAAAAAAAACGAUCUCGUGCGCUAACUUUUUGCUGCAUGCGUGCGCCGGAAGCACGUCACAGCUGGUCUUAGAUUGGUCUAUUUGAGCGUAUAGUGCACUUUUCGUCUCUCUGGUGCCUCAAUGCCAGUGUGCUUCCGUUAUUACGCGCAUUUACACGUUUAUAAUACACGUGGAAAACUGUGCAAUACUGGCUGUAAGUUUGAGGCACAUAUAUACGGAACAAGCAACCGCAGGCUCAAGCGAUGACGGGUUCCACGUUGACUGCCUCUGAAAACUAAAACUUUCUUCAGGCCACAAACCGUAGUUCUACGACAAUGUCCGGAACGUUGCAUGUGAACACAGCUGAGCAAACAGAGCUUGAGUGUACGCUUGAGACUCUCGCAGUAACGAUUUGCACGUGCGACAGCAGAGUGUAAAGAUUCAGCGCAGCUCGCAGCCCGCACGUUUGUGUCACAGAAGUCUGCACACAAACAAUGCAGUGUUUCGAAGAUAAUAAUUUCUUUUCCAAUAUUGACCUAGCUAAUUGCCUUUUUUUACCAAUUUUUACGACACAGCUGGACUUAUCAAAUGUAUAUAUCGGAUUGUUUUUACUCUAGUUGUGAAGAAUAAAACUUGUGUUUUGA